AUGGAUGCGAUCAAGUUGCACAAUUCACUCAAGCCGGGCCCGCCCGUGCCCUUCAAGCCCAUCGAGGCUGGCAAGAUCUCGUGGUAUGCCUGCGGUCCGACCGUCUACGACCAGUCCCACCUUGGACACGCCAGAAACUAUGUCUCGACCGACAUCAUCCGUCGCAUUCUGCGCGACUACUUUGGCUUCCAGGUCAAGUUUGUCAUGAACAUUACCGACAUUGACGACAAGAUCAUCAUCAAGGCCAGACGACAGCGGUUGCUCGAUGUCGAGAAGAAAAAGGGUCACUCGGAGGAAAAGGUCAAUGAGCUGGCCAAGGCGGCUUUCCAGGCCUACGCCAAGAGCAACCUGCCUCUUCUUCUGGUCGAAGACGGUCCCGAACUCGAUACCAACAACUACAUUCAACGACGAGAUGCUGCAUACGGGAGUGUGUUGGCGGGAGGUACUCUCACCGGAGAGGGAAAGCCUGGCGACAACGAGGCAAAGCUCAAGAUGCACAUUAGCAACAUGACACAAGCCGUCAUUGCCAUCAACAAGAACAGUGUUUUUGGCAUGGCAGAUGAGAUCUUGUUGCCAUACUUGGACUCCCUGCACAAGGAGACCAUUGACACGAGCGACCAGACCAUCUUUACCGAUCUGACACAAUACAUGGAGAAGGAGUUCACCGACGAUAUGGACAACUUGAAUGUCCUCAGACCCGAUGUCAUUACGCGCGUAACGGAAUACGUCCCCCAGAUUGCCGAUUUUGUGGAACGUCUGGUGCAGAAGGGCUUUGCAUACGAAGCCGAGGGAAGCGUUUAUUUUGACAUUGCCGCUUUCGAAAAGGCCGGCAACCCAUACGCCAGACUCAAGCCAGAGAGCCGAAAUGACAAGGCCCUUCAAGAAGACGGUGAGGGCUCCUUGUCCAAGAACCUCGGAGGCAAGAAGGGCUCGGGUGAUUUUGCGCUGUGGAAGAAGAGCAAGGCCGGCGAGCCGUACUGGCCGAGCCCCUGGGGCAACGGUCGGCCAGGCUGGCAUAUCGAGUGCUCCGUCAUGGCUUCCGAUGUGCUGGGUGGUCAAAUGGAUAUCCACUCUGGAGGUAUCGAUCUUGCGUUCCCUCACCACGACAAUGAGCUUGCCCAGAGCGAGGCAUACUACUGCGAAGGGGGUCACGAGCACCACUGGGUCAACAACUUUUUGCACAUGGGCCACUUGUCCAUUAGCGGCUCCAAAAUGUCCAAGUCCUUGAAGAACUUCCAGACCAUCAAGGAUGCACUGGCCUCGACAUAUACGGCUCGAAACAUGAGAAUUGUGUUCUUGAUGGGUCGCUGGAACGAUGGAGUUGAAAUUUCACCAGAUAUGAGAGCCGCUGCCGAUAGCUGGGAAAGCACCGUCAACAACUUCUUUGUCAACACGAAAGCCUUGAUCUUCGAGGCUAGGGGCACUGCUUCGGCCAUCAACUCUCAAAUCAAGAACAUUUCCGUGGUUGAUGGUCCUGCGGAAGGACUCGCUGCUGAUCUCGAGCAAGCCAAGCGGGACACGGAGGCUGCGCUCGUAAACUCUUUUGAUACCCCGGCCGUCAUGCGCGCCAUUGGCGAGGUGAUUCGCAAGGCCAACAUCCACAUUGGCGAGCACAAAUCCGAUGCAGACUUGAAGUCCCUCGAGGCUACUGCUAGGUGGGCCACCAAGAUCAUUGGCAUCCUUGGCCUUGAUGCCAACGCGAGAGCCCCCUACGAUGGACUUGGCUGGGUGUCGGCCGCUGCAGCCGCCAACCUGGAACCCGCCGCGGCAGUCGCGCCCUACAAGGCCGUCUACGAGACUGUGAAAAAGGACGUGCAGGCCUUGAAUCUGCCCAACUCUGAUGGGAUCACUAGCCUGCUCACACAGAACCCCGAUGAAGAAUCAGAAUCCUUUGCCAAAGCCGGCAAUAGAGAUCCCGAACAGCUUGCCUACCCUUAUCUCUUGGGCGUAUCAAAGCUGCGCGAUGAACUCCGCCGCAUCGCGCCGACCGCAGCACCUGACGCCAAGAAGUCCAUCCUGACCCUCAGCGACAGGAUACGCGACUUUGACCUCACCAACCUGGGUGUCUACCUGGAUGACCGCCCCGACGAGCCAUCAUUGAUCAAGUUCAUUCCCACCUCGGAGCUCAUUGCCGCGCGAGAGGAAAAGGCCGCCCAAGCAGCUGCCAAGGCUCAAGCCAAGGAGGAGGCCAGGCUAGCUAGAGAACGCGCCGAGGCAGAGCGAUGGGAAAAGGCCAAGGUGAAGCCUGAGGAGAUGUACAAGACAGGAGAGGCGGCAGAGAAGUAUAGCGAGUGGGACGGAGAAGGUAUGCCCACAAAGCUCAAGGACGGGAGCGAGGUUCCCAAGAGCCAGUUGAAGAAGCUCAAGAAGGACCACGAUAAGCAAAAGAAGGCAUAUGGCGAGUGGCUCACCAAGUUUGGGGGUGCUGCAUCUUAG